AUGGAGCUACAAAGUCAACAUGGCACUAGCGGUUCAUUAGUGGUCAUCCAGCAGCCUUCUUUAGACAGUAGGCAGCGGUUGGAAUAUGAACGGGAAGUUCAGCCAGCGACUAUCUUGUCUUUGGACCAGAUCAAAGUUCUUCGCAAUAGGAAUGAGUACACAGAAGGCCCAUCCAUGGUGAGGAAACAUGGGCCAAAAACUGCACCAAGGCAUAGUAAGCAGGAGAGAACUCACGAGAUCAUACCGGUUAAUGUGAAUAAUAACAAUGAGCACAGACCCCCUCACUUGGCUCACACAGGACAUGUGUAUGUUGCUAGGGCGCCGGUGCUCAGUAGAUCCACCAGCACAGGGAGUGCAGCGAGUUCUGGUAGCACAAAUAGUGCCUCUUCGGAACAGGAACUUUUGGGACAGUCUCCACCACCCAGAAACAGCUCUGGACACAGGACGGACAGGGUAGUUCGGAUGCAGCCCAAGGCUUCUGCGUUGGUUGUAGAUGACCUAAAAAGUUCUUUAAAAUUGGACUCCACGCAGCACAGGUUUAUUUGUGAACAGUGCGGAAAGUGCAAGUGUGCAGAUUGCACAGCUCCAAGGACCCUACCGUCAUGCUUGGCUUGCAACCGUCAGUGUCUCUGCUCUGUCGAGAGCAUGGUGGAAUACAGCACUUGCAUGUGUCUCGUUAAAGCAGCUUUCUACCACUGUUCAAACGAUGACGAGGGGGACUCUUAUGCGGAUAACCCUUGUUCUUGCACCCAGCCUCACUGCUGCUCUAGAUACAUGUGCAUGGGAGCAAUGUCCUUGUUAUUACCAUGCUUGCUUUGCUACCCUCCUGCCAGGGCAUGCCUUAAACUGUGCCGUGGUUGUUAUGACCGAGUUAAUCGCCCUGGUUGUCGGUGCAAGAACUCAAAUACUGUGUACUGCAAACUGGAUGAGGUUCCACGGGGCCAAGGCAAGCCCUCCUGA